AUGGCCAUUCCAAACACCCCCUCUCUCCUGGAGACCAGGAACCCACUGCUUCUGCAGUCGGCCAAUUCUCUCGACUGUGCGCUCGCCCAAUUCACUAAGCUGGCAACAACGGUCGAGAGGAAUGGGACCUCACAGGUCGUACCCAAGGAGACAAGCAUUGCCGAGUGGUUACUUGGCCCAGUGUCCGAUGUGACAUAUCAGCCCUAUCCAUCGUACACGGUUUCGAACAGUGACCCCGAGUCGCCCAUCUUUGGCUGGGCUCCCAGUCCUGUCCUUCCUCCCCUUACCUGGAACAUGCCCACCGAGGUGAUGGACUUGACAAGCAUCGAGCCCGAGGUUGAGCAAGGAUUCACCACCCCCACCACAACCAACAACAAGAGAACAACCGUUGCUUCAACUUCUUCACCCGCUCGCUCUACUAAGAGAUCUCGUUCUGUUGACGAGGAGGAGUGUUCGGAGGAGCUUUUGGCCAGACGUGCCAAGAACACGGAUGCCGCCAGGCGGUCAAGGCAAAAGAAGGUUGUUCGGUUAGAGUGUCUAGAGACCAAGGUGUUUGGAUUAGAGUCCACGAACCAAACUCUGAGCACCAAGGUUGCGGUGUUGGAGUCCGAGCGGAACAGCCACCUUGUCAAGGAGGCCGAGCAGAUGGCACGGAUUGCCCAACUCGAGGCCAAGCUCAUCGAGACACAACUUGCCUUCGCCCUCCGCCGCGUGCAGUAA